AUGAAUAUCCUUAAAAUAAACAUCCUUUUUCAUAUUGGAUUGUUAUAUUUAUUUAUUUAUUGUUCCAGUGCAGAUGAAGGGAUUGUAUGUUAUUGGAAAGAGAAUAGGACUUUUGUUCAUUACCCAUUAGGAGAUGAUGGAUGGGGAUCACCAAAUAUUUGUGGAAAAUAUCCAACGUCCAUAGAAGUUGAAUGGUAUGGAACAGACACGUUAGGAGGAAAUUAUACAAUUAAAAAAGGUACAGCUAAUGUUGUAGGGAAUGACCAUAUAGAAAUUGUACAAAAAGCACGGUUGUCAUGGGAUAAUACUGAAGAGUGUGAUACAUUUGUCAAUUUUGAAGAAGGGCAUGGGCUUAAUUCUAUUGGAUUAAAUGAAUUAGGAAGGAGAUCACAUUGGGUAUUAGCAAAUACACACCUACCAGAUCCAUUUGUUUUUACAUUUGGAGUAAGAGAAAUGGUUUGGUCGAAUACUUUUUUAAAUGUUACAAAGAGUAGUGCAGUUUAUAUGUACACACAAGGUUAUGAAUUCUUUUAUUUUACCAAAAAUGAGCCGGAGGCAUUUGUUCUUUUUAAAGUAAUUAAUGAUUCAUGGUUAGCUAUUAAAGAAAAUAAUAAACCAUUUAUACGAACUACAAGAAUUAAUACAACAGAUAAGUCAUGUGUUUAUCAAUUUUCAACAUAUCAAUUACAAGAGCCAGAUGUAGAUAAUUCUGAUUUUAAAAUGAUUUCAAUUUGUCAACGACAAGAAGUUCAUAGAUAUGUUCAAUGUUUUUGGUCAAAAGGGCAAUUUACUGAUUGUACAUGUAAACCUGAAAAGUCAGGUCCAGUUAAAACAAGUGAUAAUUUAAAAUAUCCUGAUUGUCAUUAUCUUUCAUACUUAUUUGAUCUUUCAUUAAAUAUUGAUAAUACAUACAUUGAAUUUGAUACAGUUAAUACAACUACAUGGUCAGAUUUUCUUAUUCCACAAAGAAUGGAUUCAUUAGUAUUUAAUUUAACAGCAGAAGGAAGUGAAUAUAUUACAAUUAAUAACAACUUCUCAUUACCAACUUUUGGAUUUACAGUUUAUGGAGGAUUAAAAGUAAAUGGUAUAUUAACAAUUGAAACAUGUGCAGAGUAUUUAUUUAAUAAAUUAGAAUUUAAAGAUAUAAUUAUUGAUACAUUAAUUGAUGACAAUAGCAUAGUAUUUGCAGCAAGUGUUAGUGAAGAGUGUACUAAUAAAUUACGAGAAAAAAAGGUAUUGCCAGCAUGUGGUAAUUCUAUUAAAAGAUGGAUUAAAACAGAAAAAGAAGAAGGAUAUGAGAAUUGUAAUUGUGAUGUUAAAGAUGAAGUUUCAUUUGAACAGUUUGAUUGUCUUCCAGUAUCAUUAAUGAGCGAUAGCAAAUUGGAUUUAAUAAUGAAAAGAAGUCAAUUUGAUGGAGGAGAAAAUGAUAGGUAUUGGGAAAAUAUAUUAUUUGAUGGAAAUGGUAAUAGAACACUUAAAGGAAAAAGUCAUCAUAUUAAAAAAUGUAAAUUUAGUAGUGGAAGGUCAUAUAUAAUAGAUACAAAUUUAUAUUGUGAAGAAGUUAUUAUUGAGAAAUCAGUUAGUAUUGAUGUUCAAGGAAAUAUUGAUAUUAAAAAAUUAAUUGUAGAAGGAAGUUAUCAUAAUUUUAAUCAACAACCAAUUAUUAUUUUAAGUAAUACAUCUAAAUUAACAGGUCUUAAAUCAAUACAAUUUGAAAGUAUCACAGAAUGUAUUGAAUUAAUAUUAACAAAUAAUAAUAAUAAUAAUCAAAUUAAUAUUAAUGAAAUUGAAUGUACUUAUGGAGAUGCAUCUAAAUGUAAUGUAAUUUUAACAGAAAAAUUAUUUAGAAUAUGUCCAUCAACAAAUGAAAAAUAUGAAAUAGAAUGUGUUGUAUAUGGAAGUAAUGAUAAAAAAUGGUUUGAAUAUCCACAAUGUCCAUGUUUAGAAGAAAAUUGUACCAUUUUAAUUCCAACAGAAAUAACACAAAUUAAAAAUGAAAUAAAAAAUACUAAUUUCAAUGGGAAAAUAAUAGUAAAAGGAGAUAUUACAUUUAUCAAUUUUGAUGUAUUUAAUAAUCUUAUUGUCAAUAAUACAGAAAAUAAUAAUGUAAUAAGUGUUACUUUCCAAGGAAAUAAUACAAUUAUUAAUAAUAUUCAGGGAAAUAAUAUUAAAGUUAUUGUUGAAGAAAGUAUUAUUAUUAAUUCAUGUACAGUUACAAAACUAUCAAUAAAAUCUUCAAAUACUAUUAAAUUAAAUUAUGAAGAUGUUAGUAUUGAUACAAUUUAUGAUACAGAAUUAAGUAAUAUUAUUCUUACUUCUAAAGUAAAAACACUUUCUGUUAAUUCAGUUCAAACUGAUGAAUAUUUAUUAAACAAACCAUUAAUUGAAUUAGAAAGUUCAGAAGAUGAAUUAGAAGUAAAAUCUGGAACACAGUACUAUUCAUGUCCUUGUAAUAUGAAUAAUGGAGUAUUUUGUAUUAUUGAUAUAUUAUCAAAUAAUGAAAUAUUUAAAUUAGAUAAAAAGACAAGUGAAUUAAUUAUUAAAGAAUCAAUAAAUAUUGAAAUGGAAGAAUCAACAAUCAUUUUAACUAUUUUAGAAAAUGAUAUAAAUAUUAACAUUAAUGGUAAUAAAAAUUUAAUUCAUUUAAGUUCAAAUAAUUCGACUAGAAUUUCUUUUACAGGAACAGAAAAUACUGUUAAUAUUUUAACAAAUGGAUUAACACUACAACCAAUUAAUAGUAAUUCUUUAAUAGUUACUAAUAGCGAAAUAAAUUAUUGUACUAUUUUAUAUUUUAAUGAAUUACGUUCUUUUAGUUGUUUAAAAUGUGGAGAUUAUAUUCCAAAUAAUGGAGAAUGUCCAAAACAUAAUAUUAUUAAGAAUUGUUUAAAAUAUAUUAAUAGUGGGCAAUGUGUAGAAUGCAAAGAAGGGUAUUAUUUGGUUAUUGAUGAAAAAAAUCAAGCUCAAUGUAACAAAUGUGGAGAAGGUUGUUUAAGAUGUACUUCUAGUAGCUGUAUACAAUGUGCAGAAGGAAAAGAAAUAAAUGGAAAUGAGUGUAAAAAUGUUAAUACUGAUAAUUGUGAAAUAUAUAAAAAUGAAUAUUGUUUAAAAUGUCCAAAAGGAACAUUUAGUCAAGAUUUACAAAAUUGCAAAGAAGAAUGUAAUGAAUCAUGUGAAUUAUGUUAUUCUGAUAAUUCAAUGUGUCCAAUUUGUAAUACAAAAGAAUUAUAUUUUAUGAAUAAUAAUGAAUGUCAAUUAACUAGUUUUGCAUUAAGUGUAACUCAUAAGAAUGAAAUUAUAUGUAAAAGUGGAUAUCAUUCUUCAUCUAAUAGAUGCAAACCAUGUUCAGAUGGAUGUUUAGAAUGUGACACCGAAAAAUGUAUUAAAUGUGAUGAAAAUUAUUUAUUAUCAUCAGGAAAAUGUUUAAGUAAUACUGGAUGUAAUAAAAUAGAAGAAGGAAGAUGUUUAAGUUGUAAAGAAGAAAGAAAUUAUUAUAAUAUAGAAGAACAUAAAUGUCUCGAAAUAGCUUCUGAUUGUGAAACAAUUGAUUUAAAAGGUAAUUGUAUUGAAUAUAUAACAAAAAAAAGUUAUAUCAAUAAUAUUAAAGAAAGUUUUAUUCAAACAAAUGAAGUAGAUUGUGUAAUGAAAGAUGGAGUGUGUAGAGUUUGUCCUGAUGGUUAUUAUUCAAAUAGAAUAAAUUGUAAUAAAUGUGGAGAAAAAUGUAUUAGUUGUAAAGAUAAUACCAAUUGUAGAUUAUGUGAAAAAGGAUAUAGUGUUGAUGAACUUGGAAAUUGUGUUAAUACAACAAUUCCAUAUUGUACGAAUAAAAUAGAUAAUUUCUGUAUUAGUUGUGAAAAUGGAUAUUAUCCUAAUGGAAUUACAUGCGAGCCAUGUAUGAAUGGAUGUAUUACAUGUAUUAGUAAAGAUAAAUGUCUUCGUUGUUCAUCACAAUUUUUAUUAAAUGAAGGCAAGUGUAUUACAAAUGAAGAAGCAAGAAAAGAUAAUUGUAUUUCAAUAGGAACAAAUGAAUGUAGAGAAUGUGAAGAAUCAUAUUAUAUAAAAGAAGGAAAAUGUGAAUCAUGUGAGGGUAUUGUCAAACAUUGUUUAAAAUGUAAUACAAUAAAAGAGAUUUGUAUAAAAUGUGAAUCAGAAUAUAUAAUGAUUGAUGGAAAAUGUAUACAUUAUUCAGAAAUGUCACAUUGUAAAAAUGCAUUAGAUGGAAAUUGUAAUGAGUGUGACAAUUGGUAUGCAUUAGCAUAUGAUAGAAAAGGAUGUGUAAGAUAUACAUCAGGAUGGAGUGUAGCAUUAAUAAUAAUAGGAAUAACUUUAUUUAUUGGAUUAGUAAUAUUAUUAUUAACUAUAAUUAUUAUUAACUAUAAUAAAUAUGAAGAAAAAAUUAAAAUGAAAAGGAUGAAUGGAAUUUUUGCAUUAAGACAUUGUACUGUUACAAUGAUGAAUUAUCCUACUGUUCCAUCUAUUUUAACUAAUACCACUUUAAUUGAAUUCCAAGAAACAAUGGAAUUAAAUAAAGAAUAUACAAAAGGAUUUUAUAUUGGAAAUAAAGGAAAAAAUAUAGUUGAAAUAUCAUUUAAAAUUAAUAAAGACCAAAGGUUUAGAAUAGAAUUUAAUCCAGAAAAAUUAAUUUUACAACCAAAUAAAUGUUGUUAUAUUAAUUUGUUAUUUAUGCCAUAUUGUUCAUUUAAUAUUCAAAUUCCAUUUCAAAUUAUUAUUGUUGAAGAUAAUAUUAAAAAAGGAAUAUUAGAUUUUAAAUUUAGUGCAAAUACUAUUGAAAGUUAUAAUAUUGAUCCUAAUUUAAUUCAAUAUGAUAUGGUAUUAAGAGAAAAUUAUAAUAUUAUUGUAACAAAAGGUUAUUACAAUAAUACACCAGUAAUUAUUAGAAAUAUUGGUAUGUUUAAUUAUACUGGUGAUGAACAAAAAGAAUAUGAACAACCUCUUACCAUUUUAGAAGCAUUAAAUUCAAAUAAUUAUAUAAGUAAUUAUAUUGGUAAAGUAAUGUUAUUUAAUAGUAAUUUAAUUAUUACUGAAUUUGCACCAAUGGGAACUUUACAAGAUAUUAUUGAUAAAAAAUUAGAAUUACCUCCUUUAUUACGUUCUCGUAUUAUUCUUGACGCAGCAAAAGGAAUAGCACUUCUUCAUUCAAAAAAUUAUUUACAUUAUAACAUUAAACCUGCAAAUGUUUUAUUAAUAUCUGAUGAUUUAAAUGAAUGUUCUGUUGCUAAAAUAACUGAUUUUGGUUAUCAGUCAAAUUAUAAAAAAUUUAGCAAUCAUAAAAUUGAAGUUAUUGAUCGCCCUACUUAUAUUGCACCUGAAAUUAUGACUGGUCAAAAAUUUACUUCAAAGGCUGAUAUUUAUUCUUUUGCUUUAACAAUGUAUGCUAUUGAUACUCUUAGUAAUCCUUAUCCACUUAAUGAAUUUCCUUAUCCUUGGUCUAUCUCUAAAUUUGUUUGUGUUGGUAGAAGAUUACCUCAACACCCAGAAAUGGGAAAAGCUUUAUAUGAUAUUAUUACUAAUUCUUGGGAACAAUGUCCAGCAGAUAGAUUUUCAAUAGAUGAAGUUGUUCAUGAUUUAAAAAAAUUACAAAAUUAA